AUGUCUUCAUUACGAAUCUUAAUUCUUUAUAUAAUUUUGACAAUAAGAAUUAUUGAUAAUAAAAAUAUUUAUUUUACACAAUCAACUUAUGAUAUAUGGUGUCAAGAAAAUAUUCUAUCAAAUUCAUUAUUUCUUUAUCCUAAUCGAAUACGUACAGGUAUUUAUCAUACAUCGAAUAUAAAAUCUGUCGUCUAUUAUCUUAUUGAUGAUAAUAAUAAUCAUAAUGAUUUAUUUUAUGUUAAAACAAAACGUUUAGGAGACUUUUAUUUUUUUAUUCUUAAUAUAACACGACCAUUUGAUAUUAAUCGAGAAUAUCAAGAUAUUUAUAUACUUAAUAUUCAAGCUGAUAUUAUCACUACGGAUGGAAAUUGGACUGAACAAGCAAAAAUUUAUCUUCAUGUUGCUGAUUCAAAUGAUAAUGAUGGAGUAUUUGAUAUGGAUAUUUAUGAAAAAAAUUUCACUGAACCUAUUGAACUUCAACAAUCAUUAAUAAAUUUUCAUGCAAGUGAUGCUGAUGAAAUUCAAUAUGCACAAAUUCUUUAUGAAUUAUCAUCAACAUUUAAUGAUAUAUUUUCACUUCAUCCAUAUACAGGUGAAUUAUAUUUAAUAACAAAUAAUAAUUUACAAUCGAUAUAUGAAUUUGAUAUAUAUGCAUAUGAUCGUAAUCGAAAAUAUUUAAUUAAUAAUAAUAAUAUAAAAACAAAAGCACAUGUUAAAUUAAAUUUUAAUAAAAAUAACAUUUUUUAUCAAAUAAAAACAAUAUAUAAUGAAAAUAUUGAAUUUAAACAAAUAAUAUCUUCAUAUAAAAUUAAAUUUAAAAAAAAUUCUUAUUGGAAUAUUUUUAAUAAUCAUCAAUCAAUAUUAAUUAUUGAAAUAUAUCCUUAUAUAACAUAUUUUGAAAUAUUUCUUUUAAAUAAUUCAUCAUUAAAUUCAAUUAAUUUAUUUAUACAACAAAAUAAAAUUUAUUUAAAUAAAUAUUAUUUUGAUGAAUAUAAUCUUCAAAUUCUUAUUUGUUUUUUUAAUCGUACAAAAUGUCAAUAUACAAAUUAUAAUAUUAAUUUUUUAAUUGAUUGGAAUUUAUUUGAAUUUUAUUUUAAAAAAAUUCAACCUAUUACAAUAGAAGAAAAUUUACCUAUUAAUUCAUUUAUAACAUAUAUACAACUUCAAUAUAAUAAUAAUAUUAUUAUUAAUUAUCAACAAUUAAUUAUUAAUUAUAAAUUAUUAAAUUAUCAUAAACAAUUUAAUCUUCAUUCAAAAAAUGCUAUUUUACGUCUUGGUAAAUAUAUAAAAAAUCAAAAAUAUAUAUUAGAUAUUCAAGCUGAUAUUUAUUUAUUUAAUCAAAAUUAUUCAAUAAAAACAAAUGUUGAAAUAAAUAUAUAUGAAAUAAAUAAAUAUCGACCUUGUUUUAAUAAUCAAACAUUAAUAGAAUUAUAUGAAUUACCAUAUCAAUUUCAAACAUAUGAUUAUGAUGAAAAUAAACAAACAAAUGGAUAUAUUACAUAUUAUUUAUCAAAUUGUUUUAAAGAUUGUCCGUUUGAAAUUAAUUCAAAUAAUGGAAUAUUAAAUUUAAAAAAACAAAAAAAUUUUAUUAAAGAACAUAUUUAUUAUUUACAAAUAAUUGUAUUUGAUUGGGGUGAACCUAUAAGUUUUGAAACAAAAAUUGAUAUAAAAAUUGAUUUAUCAUCAAAAUUAAUUAAACGAAAUUUAAUAAGAAAAAAAUCAGAUAUGAAAAUAUCAAAAAAUCAAUCAAUAUCAUCAUCAUUAAUAAUACCAGAACAAAGAUAUUAUUCGGCAUUAUCUUCAAAUACAAAGACUAUUUAUCUUAAUAUUGGUUUUAAUCAAAAUUCAACAUCUUAUCAUGUUCCAGAAGAUUCUGAAAUAAAUACAAUCAUUGAUCGUUUAAAAAUUGUCUAUGACUCUUUUCCUUUAUUUAUUAAUGAUGAAAAAGAUAAUCUUUUUUUCUAUAUAAUUAAUGAUACAUCAGUACCAUUUACAAUUGAUCAAAAUGAAAAAACAAUUAAAUUAAUAAUUCCUCUUGAUCGUGAAAAACAAGAUCAAUAUACAUUUGAAAUUGAAUUACAAUUAAAAUCUACUUAUGCAAUGAAAUUACAAGAAAUAUAUAGUUUUCAAGAGAAAAAUUCAUCAUCAUUUUAUUUUCAAUAUUCAAAUAAAUAUUAUCAAAAAAUAUUUAUCACAAUUUAUAUUGAUGAUAUUAAUGAUAAUAUUCCAAUAUGUAAUUAUUUUCAUAAACAUAUUUAUUUAAAUGAAAAUAAAAUACAAACAAAUAUUUUUCAUGUUCAAGCAAUUGAUCUUGAUCAAGGUGAAAAUGGUACAAUAUUUUAUUCAUUACUUGAUUAUAAUCAAUAUUUUACAAUUAAUCCUUAUAGUGGACAAAUUGAUUCUAUUCAACCCAUUGAUCGUGAACAAAUACCUUUUCUUCUAUUACAUAUCAUUGCUUCAGAUCAAGGUCAACAACUACAAUUACAAUCAAUUUGUAUGACAUUACAUAUUACAAUAGUUGAUAUCAAUGAUAAUGUUCCUCAAUUUUCAUUAACUAAUUAUACUUACUAUCUUUUUUCUGAUUUACCACGAGACACAAUAUUUGGUCAAAUUUAUGCAAUAGAUUUAGAUUCAGCAGAUAAUCUAAUUUAUUCCAUUGAUCCAAAUUCAUAUGUUAAAAUACAUCGACAUAGUGGUCAUCUUCGAUUGAAAUAUAAUCUAUAUCAUAUGAUUGAUCAAAACAUAAAUAUUACAGUUAAAGUAUCCGAUGGUUUACAUGUAAAUUAUACAUGGAUUUAUAUUUAUGUCAUACGUUUUAUAGAAAUACAAGAACCUAUUCUUUUACGUCAACCAGCUUAUGAUAUAAUAAUUAAUCAAUCUUUACCAAUUGGAACUAUUGUUGUAAAUGUUUAUGAACAUUUACAACUUUUAGAAUCAUCUAUUGAUUUUAUUGAUAUAAUUCAUGAAGAAAAUAUAAUACCAUUUUCUAUCGAUCAACAAGGUUCUAUUCGUCUUAUACGUUCAUUAAUUGAUUUAUCUAAUGCAUCUUAUUGGCUUUCAAUACGUUUAACACGUUAUCGUGCUCAUCCACCACAUUCAUUUGUUCAUAUUCAUAUAUCAAUUCUAGAAGAAAAUUUCUAUUUACCACAAUGUAUAGAUAUUUAUCAAAAUAUAAAAAUUUAUGAUUAUUCAAUUCAAUCAACAUUAACUUAUAUACAAGCAUUAUCAUUCUAUGAUAAUAUUGAUCUUCAAUAUUCAAUAGUAAAUAAUGAUAUAAAUGAAAAAAUAUUUUCUAUUAAUAAACAAACAGGUUCUAUUCAAUUAUUAUCAUCAAUUCAAAAUAAUUAUUUAUUAACAAUACAAGCUUUAGAUAAUCAACAUCAAGUAUAUGUUAAUUGUUAUUUAGAUAUUAAUCUUAUUCAACGACAACAAUUAAUACCAAAAUUUUUAUAUUCAUCAACAUAUAAUAUUGAUUUAAUAGAAAUUUCAUCUAAUAGUAAACGAUUAAGACAACGUUUAUUUCAAAUUAUUGCUUUAUUAGAUCAUGAAAUAUAUGAUAAAAAUCUUGAAAUACGUUAUCAAAUCAUUAAUUCAAAUCAAUAUUUUAUUAUUAAUCGUCGAACUGGUUAUAUAGCUUCCAAACAAAUAUUAUAUCCUAACAAAACCUAUGAAUUUAAAGUUGAAGCAUUUACUGUUGCAUAUCGUGAUGAUAUUGAACAAGAUGAACAUUCAAGUCGUAAUAAAUGGCGUAUUGUUUCAUCUCGAGUUAUAUUACCAAUAAAAAUUCGUGUACUACCAAUAAAUAUCAUUGAUUCUUCAUUAUCAUUAAAUAAUGAAUCAAUUAUUAAUAUUAAUUUAUUAACAACAACAAAAGUUGGUUCAAUAUUAACACAACUUAAAAUAAAUAAUUAUAAUUAUACACAAUGGUUUAUUAUGAUAGGUCAUAUGGAUUAUACACGUUAUUUUCAUAUAAAUUUUCAAUCUGGUGAACUUAUUCUUAUUCGUCCUAUUAAUGAAUUAAUGAAUAAAACAACAAUAAUUGAAUUACCGAUUAAUAUAACUAAUAAUUGGAUUCAUAUGAAUACAAUUAAAGUUAUUAUUCAUAUUAUAAAUGAUAAACGUUCAUUAAUUUAUUUUUCUCAAACAGAUUAUUAUAUUUCUAUAUUAAAAAAUAUUCCAAUUGAUACUAAAAUAACACGUUUAACUAUUGAAAAUUCAUUUGAUAAUUGUACAUAUAAUAUUCAUUCAGUUGAAAGAAUUCAAUCAAAAGAUUUAUUCCAUAUUGAUUCAUAUACAGGUUUAAUAACUAAUAUUCAAACAUUAGAAAAAUCUAUGAAUAAAAAACAUUUAUUAAUUAUUAUUUAUUAUUGUAAAAAUAUAUCUCAAAUAGCUUAUACACGUUUACAUAUUAAUAUUCUUGAUAAAGAACAAUUAAAAAAUCAAACAAACAAUUCAUAUCGAUUUACUCAAGAUAAUUAUUUAGUUAUAUUUGAAACAUCAUUAAUAAGUAAUCAAAAAAAAUAUUUAAUUGAUUUGGAAUUAAUAAAUAAUAAUCAUUAUGAAAAAAGAAUUAAACCAGAUGCUCAAAUUAUUGAAGGUGAUCCAUUAGGUUUAUUUUCUAUUGAUUCAUCCAAUCAAUCUUUACUUAUUCUUGAUGAAUCUCGUUCUCGUUCAUAUAUUUAUCCAAUUGAAUUAAUUAUAAUUGAUACAUCACAAAUAAAACCUAUCUAUUGUAUUGUAACUAUAUUUAUAUCAAAUAUUGGUAUACAAUUUACUUGUCCAUUUAAUCUAAAUACUUCUCCAUAUCUUUUUACAUAUAAAUCAAUACCUACACAUAGUAUUGAUCCAUUAACUGGUCAACAAUAUGAUUAUUAUGAUUCUUUAACUAUUUAUGGAUUUGAUACAUUUACAACUUCAAAUAUUGCUAAAUGUAUUAUUGAUACUGAAAUAAAAUAUUCUAAUGAAAUAAAUGAUUUCGUAUUUGAAAAAGAACUUUAUUAUGGUUAUAUUAAUAGAUCAUUAGAUUCUAUAUCAUUUGUAUAUUACAAUGACGAACCAAUUUAUUUAUCAAUAAAAAAUCGAAAUCAAUAUUUAAAUUCAUUUAAUAUAACUUAUCAAUUAAUUAAUCAAACAAAUAUAAAUUUAUUUGAAUUAGAUCAAUAUGCUGGAAUAAUAAAAUAUAUUGAAAAAAAUAAUACAUUUAUUAAAUAUUCACUUCUUAUUCUUGCUAGAUAUGAAAAUUUAAUAACAUUUACACGUUUAAAUAUUUUUAUAAAUGAUGAUAAACAAUUAUUGUAUAAAUUUAUAUUAUAUAAACCAUUUAUUAAUAAUUAUACAAUUGGAUAUUUAAAUGAAAGGAAUUUAAAUUUAAAAAUUUUAAAUAAAAAAUUAUCAACAAUGUUUUCAAUUGAUAAUAAUAAUGGACGAUUAUUUAUUAAAAAUCAAACAUUAAUUUUAUUAAAUGGAAAUUUUUAUAAUUUUCUUAUUGGAAAAUUUCAUAUUCAAAUAAAUAUAUUAUCAAAAGAAAUAAUUCAAUGUUCAUUAAAUAGAUUUUAUUUACCAAUAGAUAAUCAAUUAAUUGGUUUUAUUGAAAUUUUAAAUACAAAUAAAAAUUAUUUAAAAAAACGAUCAUUUUAUCUUUUAAAUUAUAAUCAUUUAUUUAUACUCGAACGUGAACAUGGUUAUUUACGUUAUCGUAAUCAAAAUCAAUUAAUUAUGAAUGAUUUAAUACUUUUAAUUGAAAUUGAACAUUCACGUUGUUUAAUUACAAUGCGUGGAUUUUCAUCAAUACCUUACAUGAUGAUUAGACAAGGAAAUAAUUUAAAUAUGGAAAUUGAAAAAUUAAUGGAUUAUAAAAAGUCCUCUGGUCAAAUUCAACUUCGCAAUGGUUUAUUAAUCAAUUUUGAUAUUAUUCCAAGUCAAGCUCCUAUAUUUUCUCAAAAAUUCUAUAAAUUUUCACUUGAUAUUACUAAUAAUACAAAUAAAAAAAUAUUUAUCGGUCAAAUAAAUGCUCAACCAUAUAAUAUAAAUCGAAGUCAUCUUAUCUAUGAAUUUAUUUUAUCAACAAAAUAUUUUAUUAUUGAUCCAGAUAAUGGUAUUAUUGAAUAUAUUUCAAAUAAAUAUAUAAAUCAAACAAUAAUAGAACAUAAUCAAAUUAUUGUUCGUGAUUUAAUUUAUCAACAAAAUACAACAAUUAAUAUAACAAUUCAUCUAUAUAAAUCCGAAUUAAUCUCCUUCACAUCUCAAAUUUAUUAUUUAACAAUAUCAGAAAUUCUUCUACCUGGUUCCAUUAUAUUUCAAUCAAAUAUAUCUAAUAUAGAAAAUCUUCAAUUUUCAUUACAAGAUUAUAACAUUGAUCUUUUUACAAUUGAUUCAAAUACUGGACAAGUAACUCUUGUUAAUUAUUUAUCUAAUCAAUUUUAUUCAUUUAAAAUUUAUGUAUCUCCAAUUAAUAAAAUAUUUAUCAUUAAAUUAACUAUUCUUAAUUAUAAUAAUCAUCGUCCACUAUUUGUAAAUCUUCCAUUAAAUCUAACAAUAUCAUCUGAUGAUAUAUUUGUAACAAAAUUAUCUGCUUAUGAUCUUGAUUUAGAUGAUAAUGAAAAUUUAAAAUAUUAUCUUCUUGAUAAAGAUCAACAAAAAUUUUUUUCAAUUAAUAAUAAAACUGGAAUAAUUAUACAAAAAUUUUUUUUAAAUCAAACAUUUUUUAAAUUAAAAAUUGGUGUUAGUGAUGGUUUAUAUCUAACAAUAAAUUAUCUAUCAAUAACUAUUUAUAAUUAUUGGAAACAUAGUCCAAAAUUUUCUUCAAAUAAUUAUAUAUUUCAAUAUAAUAAUAAAAUUCUUGGACAAAUAUCAGCAUAUGAUUUAGAUCAUAAUGAUCGAAUUAUUUAUAAACUUUAUCUUGAACCAGAUGGAAUUUAUAUUGAUAAAUAUACAGGUUUAAUUACAAUUCAUAAAGAUUUAUUUCCUCAAAAAAUUGAAUUUUUUGCAUCAGCAUCUGAUUAUGUACAACAAAUAGUUUAUACAAAAAUUCAAAUUCAUUUUUUAAUUCAACCAAAAUUUACUUCAAAUUUAUAUUUUAUAUCUUUAAAUACAUCAUUAAAUAUUCCAUCAGAAAUAUUUCAUUUAAAACUUGUUGAUUCAAUAAAUCAACCAUUAUCAUUAACAAAAUUUAAAAUUGAUCAAAUAAAUUUUUUUGAAAUAAAUCAAAAUAAAUUAAUUUUAAAAAAACAAUUAAAUCCAUUAAAAAUUUAUUAUUUUAAUAUAUAUGGUUAUUGGAAAAAUUAUACAUGUCAAACAUCAAUACAAAUAAAUUAUGUUAAUCAAAUAUAUAAAUUAAAUAAAAAUUUUUAUGAAUUUUUAAUUGAAAAAAAUUUAUUAAAAAAUAAUUAUUUAAUUAAAAAAUUUCAUAUAAAAAAAAAUUCUAUUUUAAUUAUUACUUCAACACCAUUAACAAGAAAUAAUUGUAUAGAAAAUUUUUAUAUUAAAGAAAAUAAAUUAUUUUUUAAAAAUUAUCCUAUUCUAUCUGAUUUAUGUUUUUUUGAAAUACAAUUAUCAAAUGAAAAAUCAAUAUCUUCAAGUCAAAUUAAAAUUUUAUUUAUUCAUUUAUAUAUGAAACCAAAAUUUUCAUCGAAUAUUUAUUAUUUUUAUACAAAUAAUAUUCGUGUUUUUGCAAAAAGUUUAAAUAGUAUUCGAUAUAAAUUACAAACAAAUUCAUAUGGUUUAUUUAUUAAUCAAACUAAUGGUAUUAUAUCAUUUAAUUAUGAUUUAGAUAGAAUGAAAAAAUUUCAUCAUAUUCAAUUAGAAGUUUAUGCUAUUGAUGAAAAAACAUAUUUAAAUGAUACAGCAUUGAUUCAUAUUAGAUUUAAUAAACAAAAAUCAUUUGAUAUACCAAUGAUAAUUCCAUUAUGUUCAAAUACACCAAUUUCAAUUUCAGAUCAAACUUCAUCGGGUAACUUUAUAGGCUCAUAA